AGGAUUUAUUUCCCCUAUCAAACGGUGAGACGCCGACGCCCUGCCCGGCCAGCCGCCACACUGAGAGUUGAUCCGAGAGUUUAGGGUUAUCGGGAUCCAACCCCAAAAUUUCUUCCGGCGAUUCAUCUCCUUCAACCAUCGCCGCCGUUCUGACCUGUCGUGAUGUUGAAGUUUCUGUCGAAGGUGCGGGUGGAGUUCAAUGCGCUGGACCCACGGAAGGCGGCGUGCGUGGAGAUCCUGGCGCUGUGCAACGGCCGCAAGGCCAAGGAGUCCAACCCUACCUGCCAGGUCGAGCUGCAGCGCCGCACGGAUGACAGCCCGCCACGGGUAGUCGUAACCUACGUCAACGGUGUCGAGGAAGUUAUCGACGCCGCCGCUACUCCUGCCCAAGUCAUCCGCAAGCAGAUACUCGACCGGGGGCAGCUCCUAGAAACCGAGCAAAUGUUCCGCGAAGCCGGAGUUGUGUGGCCCGUGCUCAUCCCCGAGGAGGAGAUCCACCAGUCAUUCCCGGGUACUAAGCCAAAGAAAGCUGAAGAUAAGAACCAGUGACAUUGGCACUCGAUCCAGUUUGGAGUUGCUCUCCAAUAUCAAAGUAAGUUUGUGAUCCUUGAUUUUUCACUUGUGACAUUUCUUAGUAAGCUUUGCUUGUUUACGAA